AUGCAUCCUGGAGGGGAUAAUUUGUAUAAGGAUAUGAAAAAGACAUUUUGGUGGCCCAAUAUGAAGAAAGAAGUAGCUGAAUUUGUGGCAAAGUGUUUGACAUGUCAAAAAGUGAAGAUUGAGCAUUGUAGGCCUCAAGGAAAGCAAAGUUUACAAAAGGCGAUGGGAACAAAGCUGUUAAUGAGCACAACAUUUCAUCCUGCCACGGAUGGACAGACUGAGAGAACAAUUAAGACAUUAGAAGAUAUGUUGAGAGCAUGUGAGAUGGAUUAUCAAAGAAGCCUAGUUUACUGGAAUGAUAUAAGUGAGACAAUGGUGCUUGGGCCUGAGAUAAUUGAGGAUAUGAUGAAACAGAUAGUAGGAAAAGUGGCAUAUAAGUUGGAUUUGCCCAAUGAGUUGGAAAGGGUUCACAAUGUGUUUCAUGUGAGUCAAAUUCGAAAGUAUGUACCUGAUGUGGCACAUGUGCUACAACCCGAAACCAAUGAGAUGGAUGAGAAUUUGACCUAUGAGGAAAGGCUAGACAAGAUUUUGGAUGCAAAAGUGAGAAGCACGAGAAACAAGGAUGUGAAAGUAUUAUGGUCAAACCAUAAAACUGAGGAGGCUACAUGGGAAGUCGGGGCUGAUAUGAGAAAACGUUACCCAGAAUUGUUUACCUAA